AUGAAAUGCACGCAAAUAAACCUCAACCACUGCGAGGCAGCACACUCGCUGCUAAGGCAGGCGGUCAUAGACGGCGGAACACAGGUCGUCUUCAUCUCGGAGCCGUACAGGAGCAUCCCAGGAAACGGAUGGCUUUCAAGCAGCUGCAAGGGAGCGGCCCUAUGGUCGACGGAGACGGCCCCUCAGGACACUAGGACAUCCUACGAAGGCUUCAUCCGAGCCAGCAUAAAAGGUGUUACCUUUUAUAGCUGCUACGCCCCGCCGAGAUGGGACAUUUCGCGCUUCCAAAGGAUGCUGAGGAGCCUAGUUUCGGACGCAAGAGGCAGAUCGCCAGUGGUCAUUGGGGGAGACUUCAAUGCUUGGUCUCCGGAGUGUGAAGCAGAGAAAUGGAUUCCCAAGGUGACAGGACCGAAAUGGAAGGACAAGUCCCUGGAUCGAGAAGCGUUCUCGGUAGCUCUCCAGACGCACGACUGGACCCAACCAUCAUCAACCACGACUGGAGUCAGCAAACGACCUAUCGAGGUCUAUAGCAGCUGCCUGUGA